AUGGACGACGAAGACGACGAACCCGUGGACGCGCUCAUGGAGGAGUUCGACACGUACGAGGACUACCUCGACAAGCAGAUCACGCCGACGGAUCUGUACUACCUCGAAGACGUCGAGCUCGCGAGGCAGCUCGUGGAGCUGGGGUACCGAGGCAACGGCGAGCUCCUGCGGCGGGACGAGUUCGACGUCAGGAAAGAAGCGCACGAGAUCGCGAAGAAACAGCGGGCGAAUAAACGCCCGAAGAAGCUCGCGUCCGCGGGGAAGGAUCUGGAGGGAUACCCGCUCUUGACGGCUUUAGCGCAGCGUGAGGAGGCGGUGAGGAACGGAAAACUCACGACGAUCGUGUUCAUCCGCGACCGGAACUCGAAGAAGCAAGAGAUCUCCGGGUACAUCGACUUCGCGCACAGGCUCAAGACGGAAAACUUAGAGCCAGUGUUCGAUCGUAAGCGGCGGUUCCUCCCGAAAGCGUCGGACUUGUCGUUCUUCAACUGGGAGACGCAGACGUCGACGUCGAACCCGACGCCGAACUUCCAAGUCAUCGCGGACAACGAAAACGGUCUGCUGUUUAAGAACAAGCGCGAUAGGAAAAUCAUAAACGUCGACCCGAAGGCGCGUCCCGGGGACAACAGCACGCGGUUCGACGUCGUCACGACGGAGUACACGCAGGUCGUGCUGUACGACCACGUGACGCGGCGACGGACGUGA